AUGAAGAGUAUUAAUAAUCUUGAUAUAUCUCACAACAGUUUUGGCGGGAAGCUACCAAGAAGUUUCGUAGAGGGUUGUUAUUCCUUGUCAAUCCUGAAGCUUUCACAUAACAAACUAAGUGGAGAGGUGUUUCCAGAAUCAACAAACUUCACUCGUGUAUCUCAGCUGUCUAUGGAUAACAAUCAGUUCACGGGAACAAUUGGACAAGGUUUGAGGAGACUGAGAUCGUUGUAUAUGCUUGACGUUUCAUACAACAAUCUCACAGGUGUUAUUCCAAGCUGGUUGGGAAUAAACCAGUUCCUAGGCGCAUUACAGCUCUCUAACAAUAUGUUGGAAGGUGAAAUACCUACUUCCUUGUUCAACAUAUUCAGCCUCCGGCUGUUGGAUCUCUCCGCAAACCGUUUAUCUGGAGGCUUACCUCGAGAACUCAGUUUCAGGACUCCGGUGGUGUUAUACCUGCAAGACAACAACUUAUCAGGGCCUAUUCCAGACACGUUGCUAUCUGUAGAUUUGUAUACCGUAAUUGUGUUAUCUCAUUAG